GUAUAAGUUAUGAAUGACUCGCUCUAGCCCCGCCCCCCUGUGCAGCUGGCUAACUAUUAGCAACUGCAUCUAAGUGGAGUUUGCUAAACUGACGGCUACUGCCACGAUCACGUUUAGUCCAAAUGGAUUACACACCGACUCAGAGUGGGUCCAGACAGCGUAAGUUACAGCCCAACAUGCGUCUGAGGAGGAGCUCCGUGGACGGCUUAGAAGGCAGUCAGCUGUUUGAGGAUACGAGUAGAGCUGCACGUGGACUGCAGACAGGUAACCAGCAGGCCGGGCCUCAAGCAGCAGGACUUUCCAGCCAGUCCAUCCUGUCAGACCCCAUGUCUAACCUGGCCAUGGCAUAUGGAAGCUCACUGGCAUCCCAGGGAAGGGAAAUGGUGGACAAGAAUCUGGACAGGUUCAUCCCAAUUUCUAAGAUGAAGUAUUACUUUGCUGUGGACACAGUGUACGUCGGGAAGAAGCUGGGCCUUCUAGUGUUCCCUUACAUGCACGAGAACUGGGAGGUGAGCUACCAGAAGGACACUCCUGUGGCUCCACGCUUUGAUGUGAACGCUCCUGAUCUCUACAUUCCCGCCAUGGGCUUCAUCACAUACGUGCUGGUGGCCGGACUGGCCCUCGGCACACAGAACCGGUUUUCUCCGGAGCUGCUGGGGGUCCAGGCCAGCUCGGCAUUGGUGUGGCUGAUAAUGGAAGUCCUGGCGGUCCUGCUGUCCCUCUACCUUGUGACCGUCAACACUGACCUCACCACCAUUGACCUGCUGGCCUUUUCCGGCUAUAAAUAUGUUGGGAUGAUCGUAGGAGUCGUAGCGGGCCUGUUGUUUGGGAGACCGGCGUACUAUCUCUCUCUACUGUGGUGUUGUGCAGCCAUCUUUGUCUUUAUGAUCAGGACCCUGCGUCUGAAGCUGUUGUCUGAGGCGGCGGCAGAGGGGAGACUGGUGAGAGGAACCAGAAACCAGCUGAGGAUGUACCUCACCAUGUCGAUAGCAGCGGCACAGCCCAUCUUCAUGUACUGGCUCACCUACCACCUCAUCAGAUAAAACCCCACACGCUCACCGUGUGGAUGAACUCGGCUCAAGGCCAUCGUAUCCACCUUAAAUGCGACAAGAAAACGCACAUCACCCAAGCUGGACUUGUACAAAACACAUAUCCAAAAUUGUCUGGAAAAAUAUCCCAUCACCUCGCAGGCGUUGAGCCCGACACGCAGCAUGCACGUAUGUAUGUACGCAUGGAGCCAAAACAACACACGCACACGUGGAGCCAAAACAACACACGCACACGUGGAGCCAAAACAACACACGCACACGUGGCGUUUAGGAGACGAGAGGAGGCACGGCUGCCUUUUCUCUCACAGCACAGCCCUGUGUCAUCCGUGUGUCCUUUUUUUUAUGUAAUGUCCUCCAUGUACAAACCUGUAAAUGAGCUAGAAGUUGGUUUUCUAUUCUAUGUAAUUAUUUGUUGAUUUGUGUUUUUUAGUAGUAUUUAACUAUGUUUGUGUACAGGGAAAGUCUUCACACAUGUUGCUCUCGACUGAUAUUUAAUGUGUCUUCUCUGAGCCGACUAAAGGAAGCACACUAACCUCAUAGAAACCGUCCAUUUAAUGACAAGGAACAAGUCUAAUGCAGGUUUGAAAUAUGCUUAUUUUCGCCAAAUGUUUGCAUCUUGGCUGAGAGAAAUACCUGUUUUGUCAUUGUUGGAUCUGGAAACGAGGGUCUUCUGCCUGGUGUGUGGCUGUAGAAACCCCCUCGGUUUUACCUGCUCCAUUAUUUUGUAUGUGCUUUGAUACCUGACAUUUCAUGAAUAGAAACAUCAACUGUUUAUAAGCCGGGACGUGAGGUCGCAAAUAAAUGUCACGUUGACUUUGAUAUCCUUUUUAAAAGCUGAGUAAAUUAUUUUAGAGCUUUUCAAAUUCAAAGAUGAAAAAGAAAACUGGGGAGGGUUGUUUUUUUCUAGGAAAACUGUCAAAUAUUGUUGUGAAAUAAUAAUUUCAUUUUUUUAUGUUAGCCAAUGUCAGCUCAAACAAGGGUGAAAUCACAUUAUUUAAAUUAAGUCUGGAAGCUUUUCAAAAUUUUAGA